AUGAGCAGCACGAGCUCCUCCUUCAGUUUGCCUCAUGAUGCAGCAGACAAACACAGGACGCAUCGGCAGCAGCCCAACCACCACUUGCAGCAGCAGCAUCAGCAGCAGCAGCAGCAACAGAAGCAGAAGCAUGGAGGCGCGCCUCACGUAUCGAUCCCUCCCCUAGUGCGGGGUGGCUCUUCCUGCAGCAGCAGCAGCAGCAGCUGCUGCCGGCGCUGCAGCUGCACCUUGCCUGCUUACACAGACGUGGUGAUAGUGGGUGCGGGCCCAGCAGGUCUAACGCUUGCUCUGUCUCUGGCGCUGCAGAGGGUCUCCUUUGUGCUGCUAGAUGCCUCCCCUCAGCCUCAAAACGAAAGCCGUGCUUUAGCUGUGCAUGCGAGGACUUUAGAAAUACUUGAGGACUUGGGCGUGGCUUGCAGCUUCUUGACGCUGGGCCUGCGCUGUCAGUCGUUAGAGCUGUGGCUGAGCGGCAAGAAGAGUUUAUGUGUCCCCUUUAGAGACACGGAGACAGCAGCAGCACCAAGGAGACUCCCCCCGCUGAAGGCGCUUCUCUCCCUUGCUAGCAGCAUAGCAGCAGCUGCAGAUACACCUGAACUGCAUGCAGCCUGCAGCAGCUCCACCCCCUUUCCCUUCUCUCUCAUUUUGCCUCAAUCCACCACUUGCCAGAUCCUCGAACGCAGACUCAACCAACUCGGACACAAGGUACACCGCCCGGUUGCCGUCUGGGAGGUGCAGGGAUUUGAAGUAGACGAGCCGAGCUCCUUCCCUGUGCAGCGGCAGCAGCAACAGCGACGGCAGCAGCAGCAAAGACAGCAGCAACAGCGGCAGCUCAAUGGAGGGGGAGUUGAUUCACAAGGAGACUCAGACAGCAGCUCCUUCAGGUCUCCUCACGAAGCCGCAGACGACGAAGAGGAUGCAGCAGAUACCGAGAAGCAGCAGCAGCAGCAGCAGCAGCAGGUGCCGCAGCAGCAGCAGAUGCCGCAGCAGCAAGAAAGAUUUCUUCCUACUUUUGCAUCACCGGGGCAGGCCAAUGCCCAGGAGGGCUCAGCUGUACGCAAAGCCGGGGGGAUUGCUGUUGAAGAAAGAGGAGACGCUUGCUCUUUUAUUGUAGCAGAUCUGCAGCUGUCUCCUUCUUUGUCUGCUACCAGCAGCAGCACUGUCUCUCCAGCCUCCUCUCCUGUCUUAUCCAGCAACACCCCUCCACAAACACCACACAGGGAUCGUCAGCACAAGCAUCAACCCUCAAGCCUCUUAGCAGGCGCUGCUGCAGCCCAGCGCUCCUUAGCCCUCGCGGCUCAACAGCAGCAGCAGCAACAGCAGCAGCAGCAGCAGCAGCGGGAGGAGCAGGAGCAGCGGCGGGAGCAGCAAGUCGAGGAGCGCCUGCUGCAACUGCCUUCCUGGCAGUUUCCGCAGCAGCAGCAGCAACAGGGGGAGGCGACAAGCUGCGAGCUGCUGAGCUGCGGAGGCUUAGAGAGCGCUACUGAAGGGCUGCUGUGGGGUGAGGGGCUUAUGUAUGGAUUGGGAAGGAGGCUGCAUGCAGCUGCUGCUGCAGCAUUUGAGCCGAGAGAGACAGAAAGAGCGAGGUUGAUGGCUUCAGGUAGACAAACAGCAGCAGGAGAUGCUGUUGAGAUACACCUCACACCCAAGGGGUUUGCCGCGUGCAUUCCUAUGCUCGGCACUGCGUCUGCAGCAGAUGUAGCACUCGCAGCUGCAGCGGGAAGCCGCAGGAGCAGCAGCAGCAGCAGCGGCAGCCUGCGUCAGCAGCAUAUGCUGCAGAGGCGCAGCACCAGACCCGCAGAUGCAGCAGCAUUCCGCUGGAGAGUCGUGACGGAAAGGCUUCCGUCUGCUGCUGCUGCUGCUGCAGCUGCCACCCGCCCUGUAGAGUACACCAGUGCUGCUGCUGCUGCAGCAACCGCUGCUGCCGCUGCAGAGGACAGCGACCGACCUGCCAACUCCGCAAGGAGACAGGAGACGCAGGCGGAGACACAAGCCGAGCUGCUGCAGCAAGUUGAACGGAAUGCCUAUAACUUGGGGUGGAAGCUGGCCCGCGUGCUGAAGCAGGGGGCCUCCCCGCAGUUGCUGGAUUCGUAUGCAGCUGAGGCGAGAGAAGCAGCAGGCCUUGUAUCGCGUUUGCUGCUGCGGAUGGGGGCUGCUGUGGCCUCGCAUUUGCCCAGCGCUGCACGGAGUUUCGGGCAGACACUUCUUAUGACGCAGAUCUCUUACAUGCAACCUAGCAUCGCGCUGGGUAAUGCAGACGACUCCUUCAUCUCAGGCCUCCGCCCAGGCUGCAGGGCCCCUGACUGUCUUGUCAAAGUGGCGCGACUUCCUCGCUCUUUGCCUGCUGAAGCAGCAGCAGACCCUGUCGUUGGUUAUCUAUUUGAGCUGCUGGGCAGAGGCCGCCAUUUGCUGCUGCUGCACAUCAUGCUGUUGCCGCCGGGGACGCGGAAGCAAAAUAUAUUUGGCUGCGAGAUUGCUGGAGCACCCCUUGUUUCUAGAUACAACACGGAAGCAGUUAGUACUUUGGCUCGUCUCUGCCAACUGGCUAUAUUAGCUGCAGCAAAGGGGCUUCUUCUUAAAGAAGGGGAGAAUACGCUGGAGGCCUCUUCAGACCCUUCAGCAGCAGCAGCAGCAGGAGCAGCAGCAGGAGCAGCAGCCCCAAGUCUGCGGGCUCCGUUUUCGGCUGCAGACUUCGCCGACGCGCCGCAAAGCCUCGACGCGAUUGCUGCUGCUGCUCCUCGCAGCAGCAGCAGCAGCAGCAGCAUCAGCAGCGGCGGCAGCAGCGGCAGCGAGUCGGAAGAAGAAGACAACGAUAUUGUAGGGGGCUCGAUGUAUAGGCAGGCACCUCAAGGUCUUAAAGAUGGCUCCCUACGGGGCCUCGAGACCCCUGCUGCAGCAGCAGCAGCAGCAGCAGCAGAAUCAGAAGGAACUGCUGCAGCAGUUGGUGGCCGCGUGCUGCGGCGUCACACACUAUAUCACCCCCGGCGCGCUGCGCCUGCUGCAGGCUCAUCCUCAUCGUCAGCAGCAGCAGCAGCAGCAGCAGCAGCACUGGAGCGGCAGCUCUGGGCUUCUGACCUGCGGGUUGUUUGGUGCUUCCAUGGGCCCCCCGCAGCUGUACAUACAACAGCAACAUCAACAAGCAUCACAUCAGAGAUUAUUCGAGGCAAUUCGCGCUGUCUUCCUGCUGCUAGAAGUCGCUCCUUCCUCCUCUCCCCCCAGCAGCAGCAGCAGCAGCAGCAGCAGCAGCAGGGGCCUUUAGUUGCUAGGGCAGAGAGCGUGAAGGGAGAGAUAGAGGAGUGCCAUUUAGUGGAGCGUCCUUUGCUGCAGCUGCUGCCUAGUGCUUUGCUGCAGCAGCUGCAGCAGGCUAGCAGCAGCAGCAGCAGGGGAGCAGGGGGCUUCGUGCUGCUGGACUUCCUCAAUGACCUCGGCAGCAAAUUCGGGUUGUCUCUUGCUGCACCGCAUGCAUCAGAUGGGGCUGAAGCCAGCUGCGGCUUUUCUCUUAUAAGGCCUGACGGCUAUCUAGCGCAUUGCGGGAGAAUAGGAGACACCAAAGCAGCAAGGGGACUGUUAGACUACCUCAUCAGAUUCUAA